AUGUUUGAAGAAAAGAUCGUUGACUUCAAGCCUUCCCUCGGGUCAAUCCCGUUGGUCGGUGCUUCGAUUGUGGUGGAUCAAUCAGAUUACCCUGGCGUUAUCCGCGCCGGAAGAGACUUCGCUGAAGAUUUUGCUCGCGUGACGAAGGGAGAUGCUAAUCCGUUGAUCGUGAUAUCGUCUCAUUCGGACUACGAGAAGAUACAGACAAAGAAUGUCAUCGUUAUCGGCAGUGUUGCUUCGAGUGGAAUUAUCAAGACGCUUACACAACAGGGCAAGCUUGAUACCCAGGGAAUUGAGGGAAAAUGGGAGGCAUUCAGCACGAGUACCAUCGAGCAGCCUUUGGGAAAGUGUGAAAAGGCUCUAGUAAUAGCUGGAAGUGAUAAGCGAGGUACCAUCUUUGGCAUCUACACUCUUUCGGAACAGAUUGGGGUCUCGCCAUGGUACUGGUGGGCCGAUGUACCUUCAAAACACCAUAAAGAGAUCUACGCCAUUGAGAAACACACGGUCCACGGCGAACCAUCUGUGAGACACCGCGGUAUCUUUCUCAAUGAUGAAGCACCUGCUUUGACAGGCUGGGUGAGAGAAAACUUCGGAGGAUACAACUCCAAGUUUUACGUCAAAGUCUUUGAACUUCUACUCAGACUCAAAGCCAAUUUUCUAUGGCCAGCAAUGUGGCCCGGCUAUCCCAAUCCCGGCGCAUCCUUCUUCACAGACGAUCCACUGAACCAAAAGCUCGCAGACGAAUACGGCAUCGUCAUAUCUACAUCUCACCACGAACCCAUGCAACGACUUUCGAAUGAAUGGUUUGCCGAUAACCCCGACGGAAGCUGGAAUUGGUUGACGAACAAGCAGAAAAUCACCGAAUUCUUUGAACACGGCGCUAGUCGAGCCAAAGGCUGUGAUUCGUACUUCACUCUGGGCAUCAGAGGAGAAUAUGAUAAGAAGAUGCUGGCUGAGGAUCCAGCGGCUGUGGUGCAGGAUGCUAUUGAGACGCAGAGGCAGGUUGUUAAGAAGGUUUACGGACGGGAAGACGCGGUGCCACAGCUCUUCGCGAUCUAUAAAGAGGUUCAGUCGAUGUUCGAAACCGGCCGGUUGAGUGUUCCCGACGAUGUGACGCUGCUGUUCCAGGAUGAUAACUUUGGCACGAUCCGUCGACUUCCUACAAAGGAAGAGGCCAAGAGGAAGGGCGGGGCUGGUGUAUAUUACCAUCUUCAAUACGUCGGAGAUCCUCGAAGCUAUAAGUGGAUCAACACGAACUCACUGGCAAGCCCCCUAGGUACCCUCAUCCAAGAUCAAGAGCUAACAUGUUACAAGGGGAAAGUAUGGCAUCAACUUCAACAAGCGUAUCAUCACAACGCUCGUCAAAUCUGGGUAUUCAACGUCGGCGACUUGAAACCUCAAGAAAUCCCAAUCUCCUUUGCAAUGGCUCUAGCUUGGGACAUUAGCAGUAUCAAACACGAUACCCUCCCGCAGUUCUUCCGUCAAGCUGCUGAACGAGAAUUUGGCGCUGAACUCGCGGAUGAAGUCGGGUCAAUCUGGCAUCGACAUGAUCGCUUGCUCUCUUUAAGAAAGCAUGAGCAUAUUGAGCCUGAUACUUUCUCCGUCUUGCACUACAGAGAAGCCGACACCGUCUACAGUCGAUGGAAGGAGCUUCUUGAUGAUGCUGAAAGGCUACAUGCUCGUGUUUCUGAAGAAGAAAAAGCAGCAUCUUUCCAGCUUAUUCUCCAUCCUACCAAAGCAUCAUACAUCUACAACAAGGUACGCUGGAGUCAAGCGCUAAACAAGCUUUUCGCUCGCCAAAGACGAAAUUCGGCAAACAAAUACGCUCAAAUCGCUCUGGACGCGUUUGACCAGGACUUUACUCUCUCGGAAGAAUAUCACAGCCUUUUAGACGGGAAGUGGAACCAUAUCCUCAUGCAGCCCCACUACGGCUACGAAGAUACAUGGCAUGCUCCCUCGCGAGACAUGAUUGGUGGAUUAUGCUUUGUUCAGAAACGUCAGAACUCCAAUCCUAUCGUUGGACAGAUAGGUGUUGCUGUGGAAGGCCAUGAAGGCGUGAGGCCAGGUCGGAUCAAUGAAGAGUCUGAGCGAACGCAUCCGAGUCGACGGGAUCUUGUUCCUGGUUUGACUUUACGGCCUAUGAGUCGGUAUGGACCUGAGGCUCGAUACUUUGAUAUUUUUACCCGGGGAGUCCCGAGGAUUAAUUGGUCUGUUUCUGCGCCUCAGUCUUGGGUUCAGCUGUCAAAGGUCUCGGGGGUCUUGGUGCCUGGAGAGGAUGAUGCCAGGGUUGAGAUCUCGAUUGACUGGGAUCAAGUGCCUGGUGACUUCAAAGAGGAGGUCCUGGUCGAUGUUCGGUCAGAGGAAGGUGACUUUGAACAGGUCCAUUUGCCGAUCAAUGGCAGACGGGUACCAGACUCAUUCAAGGGUUUCGUUGAGCAGGACGGUUUUGUGUCUAUUCCCGCUACCGACUGUCAUCUCGAGACACCGUAUCUGGUUUUACCCGAUGCUGGCAGGCUAGAAACUGGCUCUUUGACUCUCGCCCCAGGUAUUGACAGUGACAGUUCGACACCCUACGUUCAAUACCCCUUUUACCUUUUCAGCGAGACGCCCAAGGCUACUUUGGUACUUUACUUCGGUACCACUCUGGAUCUCUCCUCAGAAGACAUUCUGACUUAUGACGUCCGAAUCGACGAGGAACAAACCCAAAGUUAUUCUCUGCAGAAGAGAACUCCAGAGAGUGAGAAGAACGCUGCCGAUAAAGGAUGGGCGUCGGCUGAUGGCUGGUUCUUUGCUGCGUCGGAUAACGUAUGGGUUCGUAAGCAUGAGGUCACUUUGGCAGCCGGUGCACAUACGCUACAUCUCAGGUUAGGACAUGCGAAUAUGCUGCUUGAAAAGAUUGUGGUUGACUGCGGUGGUGUAGCCAAGAGCUACUUGGGCCCUCCCGUUGGAAUCAAGGCUUGA